AUGGCGUCGAGACUGGACGUCAGCAUGGAUCAGAUCCGCCUGAGAAUUUUGUCAAAGGACAGCUCGUUGUGCUCCAUCCAGGACGUCUGCCAGUGGAUUUCGGCGGAUGGCUCGCAUUGUCUUAAACAGAAAAACACACUCUCGGAAGACAAGGCUCGAGAGAUUCGCUCGUUCUGGAACACUAGCACCCCAUCGGAAUUGAGCAGCCUCGCCGCAAGCAUGUGCGAGGAUGUCUUUUGCGCCGAGCAUGCAGCAACCGCGAAACUGUAUUGUCCAGAGUCCAGCAAGAGGAUCAAUGACGACGAUGCUCCCGCGGCAGAAAGCCAAGGUUCAGGCACGGAAGUUGCGGUGCCAGAAGAGGUACAGCUCUUGUAUUUUGGAGACGACGGUACGAUCCAUAGCAACUAUGUGUCAACCUCCACCCUUCCACAGCAUGAGAAACCCAUAUUCGACCAAACCGGACGAGUAGCGACUCUACCCUCUGUCGCGAGGAAGCAGACUGACGAUCGCGGGUGCCUUGCCGAAUUUUCGGGGGAGGACGAGACCAGUGGCUCCAACAACGAGGAUGCUGGCCUUGUUGGUAGAUGCACGCUGCAGAACGGAAGAGCAGAAGAUGGCGAUGAAGGGAAUGUCCACCACGCAGACCGAUGUUAUAAGAGAAACAACAUCGGAUCCGACGCAUCUGUCGAUGCCGAUGUGCAAGUGAACGAAGACAAAUUCUCCACGCCGAAGCCAAGGGCACACAAGGCCGAUCUGGACCCGGACUCCGCAAGCAUUCCGCACACUCGGCCAACCUUGAGUCCGUACGCCAGAACAGCAUCAGAGACCGCGGCGAUUCACCCUAUGUGGGAUUAUGAGGUCGAAGCCAACGAAGGUUGCCUGUCGAGAAAGUUUGAGGAAGACCUUCAGCUGAACGAGGUUGGAGCCCACGGAAAGCCGAGGAAAAUUCCAUAUGGCUUCGUGUACGCAGUUCGAGAUCCUGAGCUGCAAUGGAUCAAGGUUGGCCAGACAUUCGAUCCCAAUCUAUUCAAGCGACUUGGAGGAAUCAAGAAUACUUGCAAGCCAGGCCCGAGUGAUGGAUCUCUGAAUCUGAAGAUCUUAGGUGGCACCGGCAACACCGCCAUGGUCGAAUACAAACGCCUCGAGCAGAUCGUCCACCAGGCUCUGAAGCCUUACAACGUGACGUUCCGUUGCCGAUGUAAGGGAGGCACAACGCACGAGGAGUGGUUCAAAAUUCCAGGCCAGGUGGCAUUGGACACAAUCCAUUUCUGGCAGCGAGUGAUGCUGCAGAACCCAUACUGUAUACCUGCAAUCCCGCAUCCUGUAACGUAUCCACUUGGCGAGAUUUGGGUGGAAAGGUUGAACAUGCGGGUGAAGCCAGGCCCCGACGAGCAGCACACCGAUCAUGAGACAAGGUUGAGGCGUUGGAAGCAGACUCUAUUCCCGGACGCGCCGACGACAGACGGCUUGGAGAGUAAGGUCCCGGUGUCGACUGUGCACCAACUGCCACAGCGUCCUAAGUUCACGGGACGGUCGAGACAACUCUCAUCCAAUGUAGCUGUGGAGUUCAAAGGCCCCUCUUCGCCAGAGACACCCAGCAGAAAACCACGAGCAGCCAGCGCACAGCCUCAGCUCGAGUCACUGGAAGAGAAUGUUCUUACAGCUGACAAUACAGAGCCAAUGAUCAACAAACUGUUGAAGCCAGCGGAAAUGGGCCAGUCCGGGAACCCAUCGGAGAAGCAAUGUGCCGAAAAUGUGACGGCAUCAUCCGCACAGUACACCUCAGAAGGAGUGCUUCAGAGCACCCAAGCGUCUGACUGCCAGACCAAGCGCAGCGUUCCGUUCGCCGUGCCAGCGCCGAAGUCAGAGCCAUGUCCUACGUCAGCAGACGCGAGUGACUCGUGCUCGUCGCAGCCAGCUAGAUCACUACCGGGAGAGAAACGCCAGGAGGAGACUUCGACUCAGCUAAUCAGGCAGGUCUCGAAACUGCUGCAGUCCGUGAAGCAGGAGAUGCCUCCAUGGAUCUGGGAUGACGUGGUCCGCUUCCGCUGGCAGCUGGCGUUCGCUUUCACUUUUGGCGUAUUCACUCCCUAUGUGCCAGCAGGGCUAGCAUUUGUAACCUGGUGCGUGUUCCUGCCGCUCUUCGUGGGCGAGCUCAGGUCGUGGUCGGUGAUGGAGGGUGUCUCUGUAUGA